CUUAAGUAACAGGAGUUUGGCUUUAAAAGCGCAAAGGAAGAACGGACAACUCGCAGUUAGCACGACUCUGUGUCUGACACACAUUAACUUCCAUCGAGAAGUAUUUAACAGACGGCACAUCACAUCACUAACCAUGGGCUCUUCCCCCAUAAUAGGACUUCAUUUGAUGCUUUUACUCGUUCUUGUGUGCGAGGCAUCGGAAGAUAAACUUCAGCAAGAGGUGACAGUUUCACCUGAGGAGAUGAACUAUAUGAUGAUGCAGAGACCAGUACUCCCUGACAAGUUGUUGAAACUAAUAGUUUCAGCCUCUUCAGGGCCAGAUAUGAGCCAGAUAGAAGACACCAAUUUUCAUCCUGGGGACGUCAGAAGUGAACACAGAGAUUUUGGUCCUCACUCCAUGGGACCCAACAUGGGGCCACAGAUUAUUUUCCCACCAGCCUUUCCAACUAUCGGCAACCUCCAAGAUAUCUGUAAAUUUAGUAAAGCUCCGGUCCGAUACCCUAAAGACAUGCUUCCAUUGGAUGGCUUUAGUAGUGAGUGUCGGCGGGCUGAUGCUGUCAAUCGACUUCAGCCGUGGUUUGGUGUGUGCUGUGGCCUUAAUGCAACACAGGAAGAGCAAAUCUGUUGUGCUAUACAAGCGUGGAAGAGGACUCUUUCUGCCUUCUGCGAUGAAGAAUUCUCUAGUAAAACCAGUCACUAUUUCUGCUGCCACGAGACAAAGCAGGCCAGAUGGACGUGUUUUGAUAAAGCAGUUUCAGAUUCUUCAUACAAUGUCUCUUCUGAGGUCUCAAAUGCCAACACUCCACACAAGGUCAAAGACUUUAAAUAUAACCCCAAUGCUUGCAAAGGGUAGGAUUCUCCUGGAGUAUAAACAGUGUGUUUGGGUUUAAAAUUUGGCAUUUAAAUUUCCUCAUGAAAAAAAGUUGUAAUACUUACAAAAUGAAUUGUAAUUUGAAACAAAUGUAGAAAAUCAUGUUCACUCACUGGAGAUAAAAACUCCAGUCAUUUCAGUAACCUUUUAAAAGCUGUUUUAUUCUACAUGGAGAGGGUCCACACAUGGGGACUGCCAUGUUGGAAUCACAUGACCAUCCGAAUUCUACUAGCUUAAUCUUAGUAACUGCCCUGUUAUAGGACACUUUCAGUAAUGGUUUAAAUUAAUCAUGGCUUGGUGUCAUUCCAAAACGACAAAAAUUACUAAGUGCACAUUUAAAAGGCAGGUGAGAACAUUGAAGAAGGUUUUUUGAACAUGGGGUGGAUUUAUAAUCAUAUAAUAAAAUAUAACAUAUGAAAACUGUCCUUGUGCAAACCUGCACUCCUGAAAUAACAGCAUAUAAAAGUAUAAAGUAUUAGCUAGUAUUAGUAUUAUCUUUUUAGAUGUUAUGGUGUUGUUAAUCGUUUUAGGGACUGUUAUUAAUUUUCCGUGUUUAAUUCUUUCUUGAUAAUUUUUUUUUAAAACAUUGUUAGUGCACUGUUAAUGUCUUUCAGUAUAAUUUUUUCUCCUCAUAUUUUCGUAAAGAGUAAGUUUAAAUUAAAAUCAUUUAAUCAUCUUAAUCUUCUUUUUCUUGUCGUCUUCAUUAUCGUUGAUUAAAUAAAAAUACACGUCAUUAUUUUCGUUAACGAGAUGAACGCAUAAUACAGCAGUUUUCAAAUAACAUUAAUUAAUUGUCAUACAUUUUUAAUGUGUACAAUGUUUUGACAGCACUUCACAGGGUAAGCUGGAAAGCCAGCCAUUUCCCUCUUUUCUAUGGCUAUGGAUGAGGCUGGAAAAUUUCAAAAUAAAAUGAAACGCAUGUUUGUAAUUGUUUGAA